AUGAGAACGUGCAACCAGGAACUCAGAUUGCCCGCAAUUUUACGGACCAGCCCAUUUCUUGAUCUCUUCUCCUUUUCUCUAUCCAAGUCAUGUGGUGGGCAAUUGGACUAUCUACUGACAAAAGCUGUAGAAGCCCAGGAGCUCCCGAAGCUUUCUUUUGCCGGGGCUAGCCCAACCACCACUUACCUGAUUGUGAGCUUGGAUAUUGACGCACCUUUCCCCGCUUUCGCAAUCCUGAGCCCCAUACUUCACUGGAUCCAGUCCGAUGUCAAGGUCACCAGCGACGCGACACUCAAGUUUGAUCAACCCUUCGUCGCCGAUUACCUCAGCCCUGCUCCCCCUCCUAUCAGCGCGCCUCACCGGUACCUCUUUUUCCUGUACGAACAGCCGGAACGACUGAAUUUCACGGCCUAUGCACCUGCUGGUGGAAACAAUAUUAGCAUGUUGAAUCGCAUACGGUACGACCUUGAUGCUUGGGCAGAGGAGAUCGAACUUGGUCCUCCUGUGGCUUUCAACUAUUUUACCUGCAACUAG